GUUCGCCAUUCUCUCCCGAAGAAUUUGUUUGCGAAUACAUUUUGAUACAAUGUCUGAUCGGAAGUGGAUUACCGACCUGGACGACUACGAAUGCACACUUUCUGCAGAAACUCAAACAAUCGCUAAGGAGGAGCUUCGCGAGGACGAAAAUAGCCGUCAAACUGCGCUGGCCUCCAUGCGAGAAUGGAUUAUGCAGAACCCCAAAAUAAAAAAUGUUCGGAUGGACUCCAACUUCUUGUUGCGAUUUUUACGUUUUAAGAAAUUCCACAUAACUCUCGCUCAAGAAGCUCUGGAGCGGUACGUACUGCUUCGGCAGACAUUCGGAGUGGCCUUCAACUGUUUGGAUAUCACGAUUCCCAUGAUGCAAGACCUGACCAACUUAGGAUACAUGUUCGCCUGUCCCAAGAGGGAUAGCAAAGGUAGAAGAGUUAUUGUCACAAGACCAGGUGUUUUCGAUCUGGAUAAAUUUACGAAUGCGGAUAUGUGUCGAAUCCAUGGGAUCGUUUACGAGACUCUUAUGGAAGACGAAGAAAAUCAAGUACGAGGAUAUGUACAUUUCGCUGACGGUCAAGGAGUGGGAUUCGCCUAUCUGACGUUGUUCACCAUCAAGGAGGCUGUGCGCAUUGUCAAAAAUGGAGAGAGAACUCUACCAAUGAGACACAAAGAAGUGCAUGGGAUAAAUGUUCAUCCAUCAAUGAAAUUUGCCCUUGAUUUUGGAAUGUCCCUCAUUUCUGACAAAAUAAAAAGCAGAGUCAGGCUCUACAGUAAUUUGGAAGAAUUUUUGAACAGUGGAAAUAUAGAAAAGGAUAUUCUUCCCAAAGAAUACGGAGGAAAUAUGCCCAUGUCCGAGAUGAUAGAACUAUGGAAAAAGGAGUUAGUCAAUGCCCAUCCCACUUUGAUGUCUCAUGACAAAAUGGCAGUCAAUGAAGAGCUUUUCAGUGCUAAAGCAAAGGAAGGAGCGGUUUCUGCCCUAAAGAGAAAUGCAGUUUCGUGUGGGUCCGAAGGUGAUUCCUUAUGCGGAAUUAGUGGAAACUUUAGAAGAUUAGAAGUAGAUUGAGUAGUUUGUUUUAAAAUAACCUGAAGAUACAAAAAUAAUUUCGCCAAUCUCCAUUUUCACCGACACAUUACAUCUUUUUCAGAACUGAAUAAUGUUAUAACCUGUAGAAUAAUUCCUUUGUUUUUAUGCUAUGUAUAUUCAAAAUAAAAAUAUAUUUUA